AUCUGCAUGGAGUGGCUGCCAUUUGCCAAGACAUCCUCUACUGGGGUCAAAAGAGCAAGGGGGGGCGGAGUGGGGCCUUGAGUCUCCUCUACAGCAUGGGCACUGUUGCUCCCUCUAAUAUUUAUCUGUUCCUCGUAACUACACUGGUGUCCUUUGGAAGGCUGGAUGCAGCCAUAGAGCCUUGCCCAACCCCAUGUCAUUGUACCUUGGAAAUCCUCAACUGCAGCAGGACCACCAACCCCCCUGGACUCCACCGUGUGCCAUUUCCCAAACCUUAUGGACAUCCCCGUGUUUUUUUCUUCUUAGACUUCACUGAUAAUGCAAUUUCUUCCAUUGGAAAACAUGUGUGGAGAGCCUACCCUUGGGCUGAGUACUUGGUUCUCAAGGGCAACAGAUUGAGCGAGCUGAAGAACACUUCUCUGGACGGACUGCUUUCACUCACGCACCUGGACUUAUCGUCUAAUAAAAUCAAGGUCAUUGAGAAGAAUGCAUUCGAACCUGUCCCAUUUCUGCAAUUUAUAAAUCUCAGUGGCAACCUUAUUGGACGGAUCACUCCGGGGGUAUUUCAAGCAUGGCAUGGAAUGCAGUUUUUGCUAAACAUGUAAG